AUGAUAGCUUACCAAAGAACAUAUGAAGGUGCUUAUACCCGAUCAGCCAUUGGAUGUUUAUCAUUUGCUAUUUUAAUAAUUAAGUUAUUCUCCAGAGAAUUCUUACCCAUUGGAAUGGUUUAUACCAUCUACGGACUGAUAUUUUAUUUCUUAGGUAUAUACAAGGCUGCUUCCGUUGAUGUUUUUUAUAAUCCAGAAAAGGAUAUGGAGUACUUUAAAACCAGUGGUAAUUCCGUCAUUCUCCUCACUGCUAUAAGCUUAGCAAGUUAUACAACAUUAUUGAUAUUGGUGCUCAGAAUGUAA